AUGCCGGCCGCAGCCAGCACCCAGCCCGCCAUCGCCACCAGCGGGCCCAGCUCGAGUGGGGCGUCGCGCGAGGCGAGGAUCGCCACCCACUCGCACAUCAAGGGCCUCGGUCUCGGCGACGAUGGGCUCGCGCUCCCGGCAGCCCAGGGCUUUGUCGGCCAGAAGUCGGCUCGCGAGGCCUGCGGCCUGGUCCUCGACCUCAUCCGGAUGCGCAAGUUCGCCGGCAAGGCCCUCUUGCUCGCCGGCGGGCCCGGCACCGGAAAGACGGCCCUGGCGCUCGGCGUCGCCCACGAGCUUGGCCACAAAGUGCCCUUCUGCCCCAUGGUCGGGUCCGAGGUGUACAGCACCGAGGUCAAGAAGACCGAGGUGCUCAUGGAAAACUUCCGCAGGGCCAUCGGCCUGCGGGUCCGGGAGACCAAGGAGGUGUACGAGGGCGAGAUCACUGAGCUCACGCCGACCGAGGCCGACAACCCGCUGUCGGGCUACGGCAAGACGAUUGCGCACGUCGUCAUCGCCCUCAAGACGGUCAAGGGCACCAAGCAGCUCCGGCUCGACCCGAGCAUCUACGAGAGCAUCAUGAAGGAGCGCAUCAGCGUCGGAGACGUCAUCUACAUUGAGGCCAACACGGGUGCAGUCAAGCGCGUCGGACGAUCGGACGCGUAUGCGACCGAGUUUGACCUCGAGGCGGAAGAGUACGUGCCGCUGCCCAAGGGCGAGGUGCACAAGCGCAAGGAGGUGGUGCAGGACGUGACGCUGCACGACCUCGACAUGGCCAACGCCAAGCCCCAGGGCGGCCAGGACAUUAUGAGCGUCGUCGGGCAGCUGGUCAAGGGCCGCCGCACCGAGGUGACCGACAAGCUGCGCGGCGAGAUCAACCGCGUCGUCGACAAGUACAUUGAGCAGGGCAUCGCCGAGCUCGUGCCUGGCGUGCUCUUCAUCGACGAGGUCCACAUGCUCGACAUGGAGUGCUUCACCUACCUCAACCGCGCGCUGGAAUCGACCAUCAGCCCGCACGUCAUCCUGGCCACGAACCGGGGGCAGAGCACGGUGCGCGGCACCGAGUACGAGGGGACGGGCUCGGCGACGGGCAUCGUGGCGCCGCACGGCAUCCCGCUCGACCUGCUGGACCGGUGCAUGAUUGUGCGCACGCUACCCUACGAGCGCGACGAGAUCCGCGAGGUCAUCCGCCUGCGCACCAAGGUCGAGGGCCACCUCAUCGCCGAAGACGCCCUCGAGAAGCUCACCGACGAGGGCAUCAAGAGCUCGCUGAGGUUCGCGCUGCAGCUCCUCAGCCCAGCCUCGAUCCUGGCCAAGACGGCGGGGCGCAACGAAAUCACCGUCGACGACAUUGCAGAGACCGAGGUCCUGUUUAUGGACGCGCGCCGAUCCGCACGCAACCUCGGCGCCGGCGUCUUUGCACAGCCAAAACAGCCGGCCGACCCCGCUGCCGCCGCCGCCGCCGCUGCUGCUCCCGUGCCCAUGGAGACGUCGUGA